AUGUUCAUCCCAUCGCCGAGACGCGCACCCGCCGUCUUGCUGACGUGUGUCAUCUUUGUAUCUGUUCUUUGGACGAGUUACCGAUUGGAUUGGGAGCAGGAUGUGCUGAAGUCGCCGCAUCUUUUAAAGAAUGAGAGUUCGAAUGCGCUUGCGAUUACUUCACGAUUCGCUUACGCUCAAUAUGCGACCGAUAUAAAUUACCUGUGCAAUGCAGUCAUCAACUUUAAUCGACUCGAGCGCUUCGGCGCCCAGAACGACAUGGUGUUGAUCUUCCCCAAUACUUGGACCCAAGGCAAAUCGCCCGAAGCCAAGGCCCUUCGCAAACUACACGCCGACCACCCCCGAAUCAUCCUGCGACCCCUCGAGUACCUGCGCAUCUCCAAGACGAAGGCGAGCGCAACCUGGGCCGACAGCCUCAACAAGUUCCACGCCUUCAAGCUGACCGAAUACGAGCGCGUCAUGAUCUUCGACUCGGACACCCAGGUCCUCAACAACUUGGACCUCUACUUUUCCCUGCCAAAGGCCCCCGUCGCCGUCCCUCGCGCGUACUGGCUCAACGAGAAGGGCACGCCCGCCGCCGACCAGGUGCUGAGUUCGCACGUGAUGCUCCUCCAGCCGGACGAACAUCUCCACGCGACGCUCGUCGCGAAAUCCCUCUCGUCGGGCAAGCUCGACAUGGACCUCGUGAAUCUCAUGCUCAAGGAUUCGGCUUCCAUCUUACCGCACCGCCGACUGGCGCUCCUGACGGGGGAGUUCCGCAGCAAGGAUCACGAAAAGUACCUCGCGCCCGACAGCGACGCGUGGGACCCCGUCGCCGAGGUCUCAAACGCUCACCUGGUGCACUUUAGCGACUGGCCGCUGCCGAAGCCCUGGGUGCCGCAUACCAAGGAGCAGUGGGCGGCUGCUUUGCCCGAGUGCGACGAGGGCGAGGAAGACAGGCCCGGGCGCCCGCGAUGCGCCGACCGGCUUAUGUGGACUAGGUUUUAUGAGGAUUACGCCGAUGAUAGGAAGCAUUAUUGCAAGCGUUGGGGAUGA